GAGAUAACUUCAAAAGGAAGUGAAAAACUUAUUCUGUUCCAAACUUCUUCAAUAAAACAUUAUCUGUAAUAAAACAUUCGGCUUCGUGAAUAUAUUCGGUUUAGUUGAAAGUUAUUUCAAUCUUGAAAAUAAUUAUAUCUUUUUAAUUUAUUCAUUUUCAAUAAAUAAAUAGCUUUUGAACAGCGCUCCUAAUUUUUAUUCAGAUAAAUGAAGUAUAUACACAGUUAUUUCAGAUAGAAUGGAGUAAGUUCUAGUUAAGUGUAGGCCUAGUAAAAUUUCAGCUAAUAUGAAGGCAAUUUCAAUUGAAUUUGAAAGUAUUAUACCGUAAUCAAACAGUCAUUAUUGAGCGUUUAUGGAGUGCAGCAGUCCUGAAGAUUCUCAACAACAUCGCUGACUAUGAAAACACUAAUUUGAAAAGGAUUGAACAUUGAAGCAUUAAUCGGGUUUAAAAAUGUAUGUGAUACAAAUUAAUGUGCCUAUGCUGCUCUUGAUGAUGAUAUUGAUAUUUGAAAUAGCCUACUGUGGCACUCCAUGUGAACAGAGGUUCACGAAGUAUGGCUUUGUUUGUGUGUGUAAUUCCACCUACUGUGACACUAUAAGACGUCCUGAUCGAAAUCCUGAAGAUGUUGAUGCAAUAUUACACUAUACUACAUCGAAAGAUGGAAAGGUGCUUGAAUUAUCACAUGGCUCGUUCAAUGAGCCAAUUUCUGAUGACGAAGGUUGUCACAUAAUCAUUGAUGCCCAAAAAAAGUAUCAAGAAAUUAUUGGAUUUGGAACAGCAUUCACAGAUGCAGCAGGUAUCAAUGCUGCAUGUCUUAGUGAAUCGGCUCAGCAUCAUCUUAUAAGUGCUUAUUAUGGUCCAGAAGGAAUUGGCUUUGUAAUGGGCCGUGUUCCUAUUGGUGGAACAGAUUUCUCGACUCGUGCUUACACUCUGGACGAUAUAAAGGACGACUUCGAACUGAGCCACUUCAGCCUAGCGCCUGAGGAUUACGAUUACAAGAUGCCUUACAUGAAAAAGGCAAUGGAGAUCAGCCCGAAAGAGAUAAAGUGGCUUUGCUCAGCGUGGUCUGCUCCCCCGUGGACGAAGACCAACAACAAAAUCACCGGAUUUGGCUUCCUCAAAAAAGAAUUCUAUCGUCUGUGGGCUCAGUAUCAUAUCAGGUUCCUGGAAGAAUACAAAAAGCACAACUUCACGUUCUGGGGAACAACGUGCGGUAACGAGCCACUGAACGCGUAUCUUCCAUUCCUUGUGAGAUUCAACUCAAUGGGUUGGCACCCCUCAGACCAGGGAGAGUGGGUAGCCCAGUAUCUAGGACCAAUGCUGAAGGAGAGUUACGGUCCGAUCAACAUAAUCGCACUGGAUGAUCAACGGUUCAUGAUGAAGUUUUGGGAGAAGAUGCUUGCUAAGGCAAAGGAUUACGUGGAUGGAAUCGGUUUGCAUUGGUACUAUGAUGAGGUGACUCCAGCUUCUUGCCUCACCACUUUUCAUGAAAAACAUCCCAAUCUUCUCAUUUUAGGCACAGAAGCGUGUGCAGGUUAUCUACCAUGGGAUGCUGGGGUGAAGUUGGGAUCUUGGAAGCGUGGAAGCAGAUACAUGGAAGAUAUUAUUGAGAAUAUUAACCACUGGAUGUGUUGCUGGAUAGACUGGAACUUUGCCCUGGACGAAAAUGGCGCACCCAACUGGGUGAAGAAUUUUGUUGACUCAGCAAUAAUUGUGAAUUGCACGCGAGGCGAAUUCUACAAACAGCCCAUGUUCUACGCACUUGCACACCUCUCUGCGUUCAAUGAGCCGGGCGCGGUCAGAAUCGGCAUGAAAAUGACCAGUCAGCCUUUUUACAAACUCGAGUGCAGAGAUGUGGCCGCUCUAGUCAUGCUCAACCAACAUGGUGGACGGGUGCUCGUCUUGAAUAACAAAGCGAGUUCUUCAAGGACAGUGAUUGUUGAAGACCGAAUGAAAGGCAAAAAGGCAAAAAUGAGCCUGGAGCCCCAUUCCUUCCAUACGAUUCUGUAUCGGCACUGAUUUAUCUAAUAAAUACUUUUCCAAAAUAUUUUCCUGUAAACAUAUUAAAUUUAUGCAUUUCCAUUGCCUGGAUUUCAGUGUCCAUGUGAGUUUCUUGCAAUAAUAAACAAAUUAAAAUAUGA